GGAGGGCCUAAAAGGAAGCGUCAUGUUGAAUUUGCUGUGUCGCAGCAUCAAGCGCUCAGUGCUGCUUGGAUCUGUGAUCGGAGGCGUUCAAAGUCGAGCCAUGGUGUGCGCAGGUAGCGGACUGGAAGGCAGCCAAAACCAUUUAUGAAUUCUCUGCUGUAGACAUUGAUGGCAAUGAGGUGUCCUUGGAAAAAUACAGGGGCUAUGUAUGUAUCAUUGUCAAUGUAGCAUCUAAAUGAGGAAAAACACCCGUAAACUACACUCAGCUUGUUGAACUACACGCCAAAUAUGCUGAGAAAGGUUUACGCAUCCUUGGAUUCCCUUGUAACCAGUUUGGAAAACAGGAGCCUGGGGAUGAAGCUCAAAUUAAAGACUUUGCUGCAUCUUACAAAGUUGAAUUUGACAUGUUCAGUAAGAUUGAGGUUAAUGGAGAUGGUGCCCACCCUUUGUGGAAGUGGAUGAAGGAGCAGCCUAAAGGUCAUGGUACCCUCGGAAAUGCCAUCAAGUGGAACUUCACUAAGUUCCUUAUUAAUAGGGAGGGUGCUGUGGUGAAGAGAUUUAGCCCGAUGGAAGAUCCAGUUGUAAUUGAGAAGGAUCUACCCAAUUUGCUGUAGCAUGGCUCCAAUCAUUCAUUGUCUGGAAGUGUAUCCUGCAGCUUCCUUUCCUAGUAAUGAUGGUAUGCUUCAAAACCGGAAGGAGGAGGCAGACCGGAUGGUGAAAUGGCGUGCACCAAUGGAGGGGAAACUGCUUCACUUCUAGAUAUUUUGCUGUGAAAAGGAAUCAUGUGACUUAAUAAAGGUUAUAUAUAAAUAUA